CGGGUCGGAUCGAAUCGCCUCUCCCACCUCUUUCCACCUAGUAAAUUCACCGCGUCGCAUCACGUCGUCGCGCAGCGUACCGCACGCUAUCAUUACACGUUCGUUCUUACAAAGAUCGUCACGGUAUCCUGGCGAAUGAUUUUUACCAAAAAUACAUCUUUCAUUAAAGAAAUGGGACAACGAUAUUAUUAAUUAUUUAGUUUCUCGACCACUCUGUUACAUAGGAGAAACAUUCGACCUCUCUGCUUACGCCAAAUUCUUCUAUCAAAAUUCUACGACUUCCGAGCACUUAUUCCGUUUACUUUCGAGCAAUUAUUUGUUUUUUUUUUUAAAUCACUUUUUCUCUUACAUCAUUUCUACAUGCUCAACUCACCAUAACUUCGAUACCGAUAAAAUCAAACUCGAAGGCGCGUCCGUGUCUUGACAGCCAUGCCGUAUGUCAUACUAUAAAGCAGCAAGUGAAUUUCGUUCAUCUAUCUAUCGCAAAGAAGAAGAAAAAAUAUUUGGGUACUUCACACGGUAUUUGAACGUGACAGAGAUGCGACUGUACGUUUGCUAUUUAUGCGCAGUCGGUCAUGAUCACCUGACGUUUAGCUACAUUUGCAGUAAAUCUCGUUAUUCGAAGACAAGGCUGUAUACGGAUAUGGGACGAGCAUUCCACCGAAUAACAAUGAGAUGGAUGAGAACGAGGAGACCUCGUCGAGGAAGGUGAUCUUUUGCGUGCACGGCAAGCUUUCUGGUUGUUGUACGGUUGUGAAGGGCGGUGCUACAUCGGUCGAUGAAAUUAGCGAAACAGCGGCGACUGCAGUUAAUGUCACCGCUACCGGCAUCAACGGAUCCGAUUUCCAACAAACUCCUUCCACUGUACCAGAAGACCAUUGUCACAGAGAAAGGGACGAAGAGAUCGAUAAAAAGGCGAGAAAGAAAUUACUGCUUGCUAGUACGCUGUGCGUAAUUUUUAUGAUAGCAGAAAUCGUAGGUGGAGUAUUAUCGAAUAGUUUGGCGAUCGCAACAGAUGCUGCGCACCUGUUAACCGAUUUUGCAUCGUUUAUGAUCUCCUUAUUCUCGAUAUGGGUAGCUAGUAGACCAGCCACGAAAAAAAUGCCUUUUGGAUGGUAUCGAGCGGAAGUGAUAGGAGCCUUGACGUCGGUUUUACUAAUAUGGGUAGUUACUGGAAUUCUUUUUUAUCUGGCAGUCGAGAGAAUAAUUCACAAAAGUUUCCAACUAGAUACCACCGUCAUGUUGAUUACCUCUGGCGUUGGCGUUGUGGUAAAUCUAGUAAUGGGUUUAUCGCUGCAUGAGCACGGCCAUAGUCAUGGACAUGGUUCAGACAAACCGAAUCGAAAUAUAGACAGCGGGAGACUCGAUGAGGAAAAUCCGUUACACAAGAGGAAAAAUAUCAACGUUCGCGCUGCUUUUAUUCACGUUUUAGGAGACUUCAUACAAAGCAUAGGGGUUUUCGUUGCAGCAUUGGUUAUUUAUUUCAAGCCAAGCUGGAGCAUAGUCGAUCCAAUUUGCACUUUCCUCUUUUCACUGUUGGUGAUAUUAACCACGGUUGCAAUAAUCAAAGACGUGAUGAACGUUUUAAUGGAAGGAAUUCCAAAAGGAUUUGAAUAUUCUCAAGUGGAGAGUACAUUUAUGCAAAUCGAAGGUGUGAUGAAGGUGCAUAAUCUUCGUAUCUGGGCGCUUUCACUGGAUAAAACCGCGUUAUCCGCGCAUCUUGCAAUAAAACCAGGUGCGAGUCCUCACAAUAUACUGCGUACUGCUACUAGAAAUAUUCACGAUAAGUACAAAUUUUUCGAAAUGACGCUUCAAAUAGAGGAAUUCGAUGAACGAAUGGAAAAUUGUAAACAAUGCAAGGCGUUAUCGCAAUAGUUGUAAAUUUUUUGAGUUACGUAUACUUUUGAGCUACCCUUCAGUCUUUAUACACAUGAAGUUGGAUCAUAGGAGAUUCGCACGAUUUGUAAAUAGCUCAAUUUAUGAAAAACGGAAGCAACCUGUUGUUUCAAGUAUACAUCUUACUGCGAUUAAAAAAUCUAUAGGGAAGAUAUUUAAACCUCGCAAAGGAUGUCAAUUACUUAUAAAUAUUGCAAUCGAUACAACGAUUUUUUCACCUAUUAGUGGAACAAUUAUUUACUGUCUCUCUCUCUCUCUCUCCCUCUCUCUCUCUCCCUCCCUCUCUCUUUCUCUCUCUAUUUUCUUAAUAUAGAAAUUAUGUUUAUUUAUUUUAAAUGUGACUUUUAACGACGUAAUCAACUUAUGUAAUCAUAUAAUCAUGAAAGAGAACGUAUUUACAUUUAAACUAACUCCGAAAUUGGUAAACAAAGAAUAAUCGUGUAAACAUAUGGAAAUAAAACUAAAAUGAGAGAGAAAAAAGAAUAGAUCAAAAGAAGAAA